GACGCAAACCUCAACCGUGCAUGGACGUCUCCAAGCGUAAAACUCAACAUAGUUUCAACAACGAAACGAUAACAGUACCCGCAGCACGAGCAGCAUGGCUCACUUUGACAGCAGUUGCCACUGCAGCAGCGAGAGAAGACAAAACAGCAUCUUGUACAGCAUUUUAAAGAACGACAGUCAGUCUGCGCAACUUGGGAACCAGCCCAGGACCCCGAGGCUCGCCGUCUCCAUGCACUCUUGUGCGUGCGGAUCCAAGAGGAAGGUCUCCCUGCGGUCCCCUCAGACCACGUGCAAAGCCGCCUCCGCGGUUCUGGUGAAGACCCUGAAGUUCGUUAUGAACGUGCCAUGCUUUCGGGAGCUGCCGGUGGAUGACCAGCACACGCUGGUGCGGAGCAGCUGGGCGCCUCUGCUGGUGCUCGGGAUGGCGCAGGACAGGAUCGACUUUGAGACCACGGAGGCGCCCGAGCCGAGUAUGUUGCAGCGGAUUUUAACCAGCGGACAGGACAAACAGGAGAACCAGAGUACUGUGAAUGCGGGAGUGGCGUUGACAGAUGUUCAGGGUAUUAAAAUGUUUCUGAGGAAAUGCUGGGGACUUGAUAUAAGCACUAAGGAGUACGCGUAUUUGAAAGGAGCCAUUCUAUUCAACCCAGAUGUUGUAGGGCUGCAGUGUCAACAUCACAUCCAGGCUCUGCAGAGCGAGGCGAACCAGGCACUUAAUGAAUAUGUCAAAAUGAUUCACCGUGGGGACAGUGCAAGAUUCGCCAAACUCUUCCUCACACUCUCCAUGCUGAGAUCCAUCAACGCCAACAUGGUGGCUGGUCUCUUCUUCAAACCUGUCAUCGGUGCGGUCAACAUGGAGGAACUUCUUCUGGAGAUGUUUUAUGGAAAAUAAAACUGAUGCAAAUACCAGGACAGAAUUAUCAAAGAGGGGCAGUCAGGAUGGACAGACUUUGAAAAUGACUGAUUCGUUUUUACACAUAGUAUUUUUGUACGGUGCAUAAGAGUUCUCUCUUUGCCUUCUGAGUUGAACUCACUGCUGAAUCCAAAGUUGAUGACAACGAUUUCCCAUUUGGGGAAAGAGCUUUAUAACUUUGUUCUGUUUGUUUGUUUGUUUGUUGUUUACUUGCUUUUCUGUGCGUGUGACGUUGUGCAGUCUCAUGAAUGUUUAUUUGAUUCUGGGUGACACUUUACUGUAACUUUCAUUAACAAACAAUGUAUAUAUGUAUGGCAUAUAAUAUACUUGCAACAUUUAUUCAAUGUAAAUAUAAUAUAUUCUCAGUGUUUAAUGACAUAUCUAACUAUUUGAAUGAAUAUAAAGUAAUGGUCUUCUAUAAUGUAAGCUGGUAGUGAAAGUUAUUAUAAUGUGUUACCUAUGUUUGCAUAUAAGAACGUUUUGUAGAUUGUGUCAUGUUAUGCAAUGGCAUAAUGGAACAGAGGUUUACACUCCACAUUUCUCACAACAUUAUGUGCAGUUAUAUAUUUUCUGCAUUACAGUAACGAUAUUUCGAUUAACAAAAUGUCAAUGUGAUGACAGACCUAAGCACAAUUAGAAAACAGUCAUAAAAAAAAGUUAAAAAAAAAAGAAUAAAGAAACAUUUAUGGCGACAUAGUUUCUUUACUGAGGGGAGCAAUGUUGUUCCACAGACCACACCAUUGUGGUUAAACAUGGACAGGUGGGCAGCGCAAAGGGUGAAAAAAAAAAAAAAAAAAAAAAGGAUAGGAGACUGCACACUUAUUUUAGAAUAUUUUGGUGCAUAACCUGCCAUCUCAGAAGGAUGAUUGAACAUUGCUGUGCAGUGUACAUAUGUGGACACCGCAAGGGCGAAUAUUGUCAGGUUUUGUUGUAAUGAUUGUAAAAUCACACCAUUUGUGUUUUUUGUUGCAUUAUCCAUCAAGGUCUUGAUAUUAUACAUGAUACCAUACAUGAGUGUAGGAUUUGCAUAAACGUGACAAUUACAAUCAUAUUUAAACAGAUUUAAUUUGCAGUAUUCAUUAAAAAAAUUAGGACCUCAUGAUAACCGUAAGCAUACAGUUAACGUUUUUACCAGUGAAAACUUAAUUGCAGAUAUCAAAAGUUUGCAUUUUCACUGGUAGUGAUAUCAUUGCUGAUAUUAACAAUUAAUAUUUUAACAAGUGAAAAUUGAAUUGUAGAGAUCUGUAAUUGAUAUCUUGCAUGUGAUUAAAUGCCUAAAGGGCUUGCAAUA